UAGUCGAGUCGAUCACCCGAUACCAAAAUAUCCGAGGCCGAUAUUUCAUUUACCGGCUGUCCCUCUUUUAUCAUUUCAGAAGCUGAAAACCCUAAAAAUCUCCAGAUUCAAGCUUUGUAUUGUGUACAUUUCCAACGUUGUGAAUCUUGUGAUAUCGAAAUCUCAUCAAUGGCGAUUGCUGUUCUUGGAUUUUCCUGUAGAAGUUACCUCACUUUCCGUCGUCCUCUCGUCUACUGCGUUCACAAGGUUCGACACCGCAGCAAUGUUGCAACUGUUGAAUCGCCUCCUGAACCAGUGGGUGUUACGAAGGAAGAAGAACCUCAUUGGGCUACUUCUGAUGGAAGAGGUAAUGGUGCUUCUAAGGCACCUGAAUGGAAGAAGUUGAAUUCUAAAGACCUCGGGAUUAGGACGUCGAUGAUUGCAAAGCCCACAAGAUAUGUUUUAAAUGGACUUAAAAAAAAAGGAUAUGAAGUGUACCUUGUUGGAGGUUGUGUACGGGACCUUAUCCUGAAGAGAACUCCUAAAGACUUUGACAUCAUAACUUCAGCUGAACUUAAGGAGGUACUGAGAGCAUUUCCCCGAUGUGAAGUAGUUGGAAAGCGAUUUCCCAUAUGCCAUGUGCAUGUCAAUGAUACCAUUGUUGAGGUUUCAAGUUUUAGCACUUCUGGAAAGAGAACCGGUAGGAAACUUGAUUAUAUUCUCAGAAGACCUCCUGAUUGUGAUGAUCAUGAUUAUAUUCGCUGGAGGAAUUGUCUACAGCGGGACUUUACUAUUAAUGGGUUGAUGUUUGAUCCUUACACAAAGAUAGUGUAUGACUAUAUGGGUGGGAUGCAAGAUAUCAAAAAAGCUAAAGUACGGACUGUAAUCCCUGCUAAUAUUUCUUUUGUGGAGGAUUGCGCUCGCAUUUUGCGUGGGGUUAGAAUUGCAGCACGUUUAGGGUUUCGUUUCACUAAAGAUAUAGCUCAUUCUGUAAGAGAGUUAUCUUGCUCAGUGUUAAGACUUGAUAAGGGAAGGAUACUCAUGGAAAUGAAUUACAUGCUAGCUUAUGGGUCCGCAGAAGCUUCCUUGAGGUUAUUAUGGAAAUUUGGACUCCUGGAGAUACUUCUACCCAUACAAGCAGCAUAUCUUGUUUCCCAAGGUUUUCGAAGACGUGAUCAGAGAUCAAACAUGCUUUUGUCUUUGUUUUCAAACCUGGAUAGACUUGUGGCACCUGAUCGGCCAUGCCAUAAUAGCUUAUGGAUUGGUAUGUUAGCAUUUCAUAAGGCCUUGGUUGACCAACCUCGGCACCCCAUGGUUGUUGCAGCAUUCAGCCUUGCUGUGCACAAUGGUGGAUCCUUGUCGGAAGCGGUGGAAAUUGCAAGGAGAAUCUCCCAACCUCAUGACCAGAGCUUCAGUGAAUUAUUAGAACCUCAGGAUCUAGACUCGGAUGAAUCCUUGAUAGACGAGAUCAUGGAUCUUGCAGCAUCGGUGAAAUCUGCAUUGAUGAAGAUGACAGAUGAACAUUUUGUUUCCCAAGCAAUGAGCAAAUACCCACGAGCACCAUACUCAGAUCUGGUUUUUAUCUCAUUGGCAUCAUUCCUAAGAGCAUCUAAGAUCUUUCAGUGCGUACAAGGGGGUGCUGAGAAGGGAUUCGUACCAAAACAAGGGAGUAGGAUUGACUACGAAUUCUUAGCAUUGGGAAGCCUUCGUGAGGUUCGGCAUGUGUUUGCAAGGAUCGUUUUUGACACCGUUUACCCUCUAAGCCUCAACACAGAGGACAAUUUUGUAAACCAAAAUUCUUAGUCAAUUAAUAUUAUGGAGCAAAGCUUGUCUCAAAUCUCAUAUUUUUUUUAUAAAUCAAAUGUUAUAAUAUUAAUUCGUUUUAUCCUCA